CAAACAUGGCGAGCCGCAGCCAGACCUUCCAGAACACCCAGCUCGCUUUCCCGCGACCCCAGCCAGGCUUUGACGCUCCUCUUUUUACUUUCCUUCCUCCUCGGCGGCUCCAAGAGGGUCAGCACCUGGGAGCGUGACAGCGGACCUGCUUCCCGCCCCCAUUCGAGGGCCCGCCCACCAACCCGCGCCAGCCAAUGGCAGGCCGCGCUGCGGCGGCUGGCAGCGCCGGCGGGCCCCGCCCCCCAACCUAGCUGUGGCCUGCGGCUCCCGGGCCGGUAGCGCCGCUCUUGGUCGCGCGGACCGGUCGUGUGGAACCGCGGGUCGCGGGAGCUCGCCGCCGGCCACAGCUCAGCCCAGCGCCGCAGAGGCCGUCGGCCCCGAGCCUCCGCCAUGGACUUCGAGGACGAUUACACACACUCUGCUUGCAGGAAUACUUAUCAGGGCUUUAAUGGAAUGGAUCGUGAUUAUGGCCCUGGAUCUUAUGGAGGGAUGGAUCGUGACUAUGGCCAUGGAUCCUAUGGGGGUCAGAGAUCCAUGGAUUCCUACCUAAACCAGUCAUAUGGCAUGGACAAUCACAGUGGUGGUGGUGGGGGUAGCAGGUUUGGACCUUAUGAGUCUUACGACUCCAGGUCUUCUCUGGGUGGGCGAGAUCUGUACAGAUCUGGCUAUGGUUUUAAUGAACCCGAACAAAGCCGCUUCGGAGGUAGUUAUGGUGGUCGAUUUGAGAGCUCCUACCGGAAUAGCCUUGACUCUUUCGGAGGUAGAAACCAGGGCGGGUCUAGCUGGGAAGCACCUUACUCCCGUUCAAAAUUGAGGCCUGGGUUUAUGGAGGACAGAGGAAGAGAGAAUUACUCUUCCUACAGCAGUUUUUCUUCACCCCAUAUGAAGCCUGCACCUGUAGGCUCUCGGGGGAGAGGAACGCCUGCUUAUCCUGAAAGUACGUUUGGAAGCAGAAACUAUGAUGCUUUUGGAGGACCAUCAACAGGCAGAGGCCGAGGCCGAGGACAUAUGAGUGAUUUUGGAAGCAUUCAUAGACCUGGAAUUGUUGUUGACUAUCAAAACAAACCCACCAAUGUGACAGUUACUGCUGCAAGAGGAAUAAAGAGAAAAAUGAUACAACCAUUUAAUAAGCCUGGUGGAACCUUUAUCAAGAAACCCAAGCUAGCCAAACCUGUGGAGAAGAUGAGCCUUAGCAAAUCACCCACAAAAUCUGAUCCUAAAAAUGAAGAAGAAGAAAAGCGACGAAUUGAGGCUCGGCGAGAGAAACAAAGGCGCAGAAGAGAAAAAAACAGUGAGAAAUAUGGAGAUGGAUACAGAAUGGCAUUCACAUGUUCAUUUUGUAAAUUUCGAACUUUUGAAGAAAAAGAUAUUGAACUGCAUCUGGAAAGUUCUUCACAUCAGGAAACAUUAGAUCAUAUUCAGAAACAAACCAAAUUUGAUAAAGUAGUUAUGGAGUUUUUGCACGAAUGUAUGGUGAAUAAAUUCAAGAAAACAUCUAUUCGUAAGCAACAGACAAAUAAUCAAACAGAAGUAGUCAAAGUAAUUGAAAAAGAUGUUAUGGAAGGUGUUACUGCAGAUGAUCACAUGAUGAAAGUAGAGACUGUUCACUGCAGUGCUUGUAGUGUGUAUAUCCCUGCUUUACAUAGUUCAGUUCAGCAGCACUUAAAAUCCCCUGAUCAUAUCAAAGGGAAGCAGGCUUAUAAGGAACAAAUAAAAAGAGAGAGUGUCUUGACUGCUACAAGCAUUUUAAAUAAUCCAAUAGUGAAGGCGCGAUAUGAACGUUUUGUUAAGGGUGAGAAUCCUUUUGAAAAUCAAGAUCAUUCUCAAGAUCAGCAAAUAGAAGGAGAUGAGGAGGAGGAAGAAAAGAUUGAUGAAACUAUUGAAGAAGAGGAAGAGGAAGAAGAGGAAGAAGAAGAGGAAGUGGGGGAAGUAGAAGAAGUGGAGGAAGUAGAGGAAGUGGGAGAAGGUGGAGGAGUAGAGGAAGGGGCGGACAUAGAGGGAGUGGGGGAACUGGAGGCACUGGGCGAAGAAGAGGGCGUGGGGGAAGGAGAGGGAGUGGGGGAAGGAGAGGGCGUGGGGGAAGGAGAGGAAGGAGAGGAAGAAGAAGCAAAGGAGGAGCCUGUCGGCUUCCCUGUUGACCAACCUGAAGAAAAUUAAAUAUAAGGUAUUAGUCAGAUUUAAAAGAAGCUUUAAAUUUUUGUCCUAAUGUGGAAAAGGGUAAGAAUUUUGAUAGUUUAACGUAUGAGAGUUAACACCCAUAUUGCAUGCAUUCCACACAUUAAAAUUUGUUUUAUAUAAUUUCUAAAUGUUUGGCAUUUGUUUAGUAAAAUGAGGGUAAGACUAUUUUAGUUUAGUUUUUAUAGCUACCAAACUUAGAUUCGAUAAAUUGUUUGUAUAAUUUUUAAGCUUAAUUUUUAUUACUUUAUUGGUGUUAAGGAUAACAGAUGUGUAUUGUUAGUAUAUCUAUUCUAAUUGUUUGAACUAAAUGCUGCUCUUGGAAGUAUAUAUUCAAGUGUGCAUUAAUGUUUUGAAUACUUACCCUAGAAGAGAUAAAUUGGGCAAGUAUUUUGUGCUCUGACUGUGUAUUUUUUUACUGCAUUGGACACUAAAUAGUAAUUUGCGUUAAGACACGCUUAAAGGCUUUUUGUGACCAUGUUUCCUUUUGUAGCAAUAAAAUGUUUUUAGAAAAACUCUCUCCCUGGAUUAGCAAUUUUAAAUGAAGCAGAGUUCAUUAAUUAAAUGAGUAUUUAAAAUCA